CGGCUUGCAUUUGCUCGCAGCUUCGUUUGCGGCGGCGUUUCCAUCGACGCGUUCCCCUACUUUCCCCCUCGCGUUUUGGUUGCGUCGAAGGCGAGGAGGAGCGGGUUGUAGAGGAGAUCCGGCUUAGAUUUAGCGAUUCUGAGCCGGAGGUGGUUGGUCCCCUGUGGAGAUCGGAUCAAGGGUUAUCACUUGGCAUGGCAUCAGCGGCAGGAGCAACGGGAUGGCUGAGGGGGAAAGUCAAGGCUGUUACCUCGGGGGAUUGUCUGGUUAUUAUGGGAAGCACAAAAGCAGAUAUCCCUCCUGAGAAGACCAUCACUUUGUCUUCUCUGAUUGCCCCUAGAUUGGCCCGUCGAGGUGGUAUUGAUGAACCAUUUGCAUGGGAGAGCAGGGAAUUUUUGAGGAAACUUUGCAUUGGAAAGGAUGUCACAUUCAAGGUGGACUACACAGUUCCAACAAUUGGGCGAGAGUUUGGUUCUGUUUUUCUUGGAGAUAAGAAUGUUGCAUUUUUAGUUGUUUCUGAAGGAUGGGCAAAAGUAAGGGAACAAGGUCAACAGAAAGGUGAAGCAAGCCCAUACUUAGCAGAGCUACAACGUUUGGAAGAGCAAGCCAAGCAACAGGGUUUAGGGCGUUGGAGCAAGGUACCGGGUGCUUCAGAGGCAGCUGUAAGAAAUCUACCACCUUCAGCCAUUGGUGAUCCUGGUAAUUUUGAUGCCAUGGGACUGCUAGCUGCAAACAAGGGCAAGCCCAUGCAAGGGAUUGUUGAGCAGGUCCGUGAUGGAGGCACUGUUCGUGUCUACCUCCUCCCUGAGUUCCAGUUUGUUCAAGUUUUUGUCGCUGGGGUUCAGGCUCCUUCAAUGGGAAGAAGGCCUGUUAGUGACCCCAUUCCUGAGAGUGAUGUCACUACUGAUGAUACAAAUGGUGAAAUUUCGGGUGAAAAUCGGCAGCCAGUAACAUCAGCCCAAAGGCUUGCUGCCUCUUCAGCAUCAUUCACCGAAGUUGCACCAGAUCCAUUUGGGAGGGAAGCCAAACACUUUACAGAAACUCGUGUUUUAAACAGAGACGUCAGGAUUGUGCUGGAAGGUGUAGACAAAUAUAGCAAUCUAAUUGGCUCAGUUUAUUAUCCGGAUGGUGAUAUUGCAAAAGACCUUGCUCUGGAGCUUGUACAGAAUGGUUUUGCUAAGUUUGUGGAAUGGAGUGCAAACAUGAUGGAGGAUGAUGCCAAACGGAAACUGAAGGCUGCUGAUCUUCAGGCAAAGAAGGAUCGCUUGAGAAUCUGGACAAACUAUGUUCCUCCAGCUUCAAAUUCAAAGGCAAUUCAUGAUCAAAAUUUCACAGGAAAAGUCGUAGAGAUAGUGAGUGGAGACUGCAUAAUUGUUGCUGAUGAUGCUGUCCCCUAUGGUAGCCCAUUAGCUGAGCGUAGAGUCAACCUUUCAAGCAUCAGAGCACCUAAGAUGGGAAAUCCUCGUCGAGAUGAAAAACCAGCACCCUACGCCCGUGAAGCUAAGGAGUUUUUACGUACUCGUCUUAUUGGCCAUCAAGUAAACGUGUCAAUGGAAUAUUCUAGGAAGGUUGGCAUGGCUGAUGGACCCAAUGCAAUAGUAUCUAGUUCAGCUGAUACUAGAGUCAUGGAUUUUGGGUCUGUUUUCCUUGUGAAGAGUGAGGGUGAUGAAACCUCUUCUCCCUCUCCUAACCAACCGGUAGGCACAAAUGUUGCUGAGAUGGUUGUCUCACGUGGUUUUGCCACUAUAGUUAGACAUCGAGAUUUUGAAGAAAGGUCUAAUCAUUAUGAUGCCUUGCUGGCUGCUGAAUCACGUGCAAUUAAUUCAAGGAAAGGGAUUCAUUCUGCCAGGGAUCCUCCAGUGAUGCAUAUAACUGAUCUGACGACGGCAUCCGCAAAGAAAGCUCGAGAUUUCUUGCCUUUUCUGCAAAGAAGUAGGAGGCAUACUGCCGUUGUUGAAUAUGUCCUCAGCGGUCAUCGAUUUAAGUUGUUGAUUCCUAAGGAAACAUGCAGUAUUGCCUUCUCGUUUUCCGGGGUUCGCUGUCCUGGUCGAGAGGAGCCUUUUUCAGAUGAAGCUAUUGCUUUGAUGAGAAGGAAAAUACUGCAACGGGAUGUUGAGAUUGAGGUAGAAACAGUUGAUAGGACUGGAACUUUCUUAGGCUCUUUGUGGGAGUCAAAGACCAAUACGGCUAUUACUCUUUUGGAAGCCGGUUUGGCAAAACUUCAAACUUCCUUUGGUUCAGACAAGAUUGCAGAUGCUCACCUUUUGUCUCAGGCUGAACAGUCUGCAAAGCGCCUGAAGCUAAAAAUCUGGGAGAACUAUGUUGAAGGGCAAGAAGUCUCAAAUGGCCCCUCUGCUGAAGCAAAGCAGAAAGAAGUCCUCAAGGUGGUGGUUACAGAAGUCCUUGGUGGUGGAAAAUUUUAUGUCCAAACUGUUGGUGAUCAGAAGGUGGAUGCCAUUCAACAGCAACUUGCUGCAUUAAACAUUAAAGAAGCUCCGGUCAUUGGUUCUUUUAAUCCUGCAAAGGGUGAUGUUGUACUAGCCCAGUUCAGCAUCGAUGAUUCCUGGAAUAGAGCCAUGAUUGUAAGUGGACCACGAGGAGCUGUGGAAUCACCUAAUGACAAGUUUGAAGUGUUUUAUAUUGACUAUGGGAACCAAGAAAUUGUUCCAUAUAGUCGCUUAAGGCCCCUUGAUCCUUCAGUAUCGUCGGCUCCUGGGUUGGCUCAGCUUUGUUGUCUUGCUUACAUUAAAGUGCCUAAUUUGGAGGAUGAUUUUGGUCAAGAAGCUGCAGAGUAUUUGAGUGAGUGCACUAUGAACAAUUCAAAAGAAUUCAGAGCAAUGAUUGAAGAAAGAGAUACUUCAGGCGGGAAAGCCAGAGGACAAGGAAGUGGAACUGUAUUAAUGGUGACUCUCGUUGAUGUUGAAGCUGAAGUCAGUAUUAAUGCUACUAUGCUGCAGGAAGGGCUUGCCAGACUAGAAAGGAAGAAGAGAUGGGACACUAGAGAACGCAAGGCAGCUCUCGAUAACUUGGAAGAGUUCCAAGGGAAAGCAAAAGGAGAUAGACUGAAUAUUUGGCAAUAUGGUGAUGUCCAAUCUGAUGAUGAAGAGUCAGCUCCUCCUCCAAGGAAAGCUGGAGGUCGCUGAUGAGCAAUCAUUGAAAACAUGCCGAGGUUAGUGAUUAGGUCCAGAGAUAAGAUCUCACUUCAGCAGCUCUUUCUACCUCUGUGUUUCUCCUUUCUGGUUUUGCUUUUAUUUUUAACCCAAGAUUUGAGGAGACAUUAUUUUUCCCAUGUUCAAAUAAAGCAAACAUAGCUUGUCUAUCUCCAUCUGGAUGCCUAGACUUAUUGGUGAGAACUUAUGACAUAGGCCUUAUAUGUAUCCUUAGAUGUAGUUGCAACUCAGAGUUAUGUUGUUAUUUAAAUCAACUAUUGGUGGCUUUAUUCUUA